AUGAUCUACGAUCCUACUAAUCGGGCCCAUGCUAACCGGGACAAAGUGGAUUUGGCUUGGCUUGCUGUGAGCAAAGAGGUAAAAGAACCAGGGGAGACUAGCUCCAAGAUGGCUUCGAAACUUGCCUCUGACAUUCUCACAUAUGAGGUGAAUCGUCCCGGAUCCUUUCUUAGUUCUUGGAACAACCGAUGGAAGGAACCCAUGGUGAUUGCUAUUGGCUUCGAAGGUAGUGCUAACAAACUGGGAAUAGGAAUUGUGCGGGAUGGAGAAGUCCUUGCGAAUCCUAGGAGGACCUUCGUCACUCCGCCAGGGCAAGGCUUUCUGCCCAAAGAUACAGCUGCACACCAUCGACGGCAUAUCCUUGAUCUUUUGAGGGAGGCUCUGAACGAGGCACAGGUGCAACCACAAGAUGUUGAUGUGGUUUGUUUCACAAAGGGUCCUGGGAUGGGAGCUCCAUUGGCAUCAGUAGCAAUUGUUGCAAGAACUGUUGCUCAGUUAUGGGACAAACCUCUCCUUGGUGUCAAUCAUUGCAUUGGCCAUAUAGAAAUGGCAAGACUAGUAACAGGAGCAAGAGAUCCUACUGUGCUCUAUGUGAGUGGUGGUAAUACCCAAAUCAUAGCCUACUUGAGUGGCAGAUACAGAAUAUUUGGAGAAACCAUUGAUAUAGCUGUUGGCAACUGCUUGGACAGAUUUGCCAGGGUUUUGAAACUCUCCAAUGAUCCAAGUCCUGGAUUCAACAUAGAGCAACUUGCUAAAAGAGGGAAGAAAUUCCUUCCUCUUCCCUAUGCAAUCAAGGGAAUGGAUGUGAGUUUCUCAGGUCUGCUGACUUAUAUUGAAGAGAAGGCUCCCCUACUGGUCCAGUCUGGAGAUUACACACCUGAAGAUCUUUGCUUCUCUCUUCAAGAAACUGUCUUCUCCAUGCUAGUUGAGACUACAGGUGUCAAGGAAUUGAGUUUAAUUAAUAGGAUCAUGUUCUUGACAUAA